GAGAGUCCAGAGGGUUGGGUCCGUUAAGGGAGCAUAAAACUCCCCCCCUCAUGGAGUGGGAAAUGCAGAGCAUCGCGGGGCAAAGCCAGAGACGGGCUGCUUUUCUGGUUAUGGACGGUGUUCUCAGGGAAAGCCGUGAGGGGAUGGAGGCAGAGGGUGAAGCGGAGGAGGGGGCGUCCUCGCGUGAAAUGGGGGGAGACCCAGGAAGCCAGGAUUCAGCUGCAAAUUAUAUGCUACUGAGCUCCACAAGGCCGAAAUGGCUCUCCAGCCCAAAAGUGCACUUGCUGCACAAGCCGUAAUGAACAUCAGCAAAGCAGAGGAAGUCCGAAAAGAGACAGAACUGAUAAUGAAGCCCCAUGCGAACUGGGAGGAGUACCUGAUGCCUGGGCCCAUCUCCAUUGCCAUCUUAGGAGAGCUGGCUUGCAUUGCUGCAAGAGAAGGAGACUUUGCCAUCAAUCUUGCCCCACCCCAGGGAGGCUACAAAUAUAUCAGGUAUCCGGACUCCUUCCAGGCUUCCCUGAUGCAGGUGAGCAACAGUGGUUGGCAUGCCUUCAGCACUGCCCACAAGAAUAUGGACGGCAUCCGGCUCCUUUCUAUGAGUGUCCCUGAGCAAAUCAAGAUGGUCAUCAAGACCUUAUUCCAGGAUGACCUUACCUUGAUAGAUGCCUUACUCCCUGGACAACUGUCCAGCCUGAAAUCGAUUGCAGACGAAUGUUCUUCUUUAGCUAAGGCAGUUGACAAUAAGUUCCAUGAUGUCAUGUCUCUGAUUGAGGAACUCUUGGAGGUGUGUACAAGUUCCAAAUCGCAGUACGAAAAAGGGCUGGCAGAAACCAGACGUGCCUUAGAAGACCUGAGACUAAGAAAGGAAGCAGCUGAAGAUGCCAAGGUGAAAGCAGAGGAAUAUUACAAGGAAAUAAAGAACAAAGUGACUGAAACAUUUGACGAUUAUAGAAAAGCGAUCGAUAGCAUCCCUACCGGCUGGAAUGCUGCAAUUCUGGAAUUCACUUCAACUAUACGAGAAACCUUGACGGUGCCGAUUGCCACUCUGACAUCCUUUCUCAGCUUUAAGGAAAAUAUGUUGCCUAGUCCAAUCCACUUCAGAAGUGAGGAAGACUGUGGAAGUGAGGAUGACUUUAUAGCCAUGAACAAUAUCUGUGCCCUGUCACCUCGAAUGUUGCCAUUGGUGAACGCUCUUAAAACUGUGGUGGAUGACGAAGGUAACAUUGACAUGGAUCUCCUCUACAAUAAAAAACACAAUGAAAUCACAGCCAUAUGGACCAAAAAUAAAUCUCAGCAGCUGUUAGAAAAAAUUAAAAAAGAAAGAAAGUGCAGCAUGAAAAAAUUGGCAGUGAAAAUAUGUAAUUACAUAAUAGAAAUUUCCAAUAUAUUAAUUGAAGUAGUAGAGUCAGGGAACAUAAACAAGAAGAAACUGUUAAAGAAAAUGGAUGUUCUCUCAGAUGAUAUCAUUACUUUCGAUAGCAGAAGCAAAUCCUGUCACCGCACAUCCCCUUUUGGUCCCAUGGCGCCAAAUAUGGCCAAAUCCCAGAAAAAAGUUCAAGAAGAGUCGACGUCGGCAGUGAAAAACAGUGUUUUGAAAAUAGAGCAAACUAAAGAAAUACUGAAGAUAAGCCAAGAAGAAUACCAGAAAAGUUUCGACAACUUUAAGCAGCAGAAUAACGAUUUGCUGGAUGUACUCAAUGAAAUGAGGAAUUGUGAAAAAAAGGAGAUUGAUUUUGAAAAAGCCAAACAGAUGCUGAUCAAAGGCCUGGAUGCCAUGGGAAGAGUGAAGGAGCAGUGGGAGAAAAUGGUGCGUUUCUUCCAGAUGAUCUCCAACCUCAUGGACUCCUGUCUCAAUAAAAGCCUAACAGACUUUGUGAAAUCUGCUGAAAAUCUUCCCCAAAUUCCAAAUUACUCCCACAGAGACUUCGUCGUAGAUAUGAUCUAUAAGCAAGCCUUCAACGCCUCUAACAUAGCUCACCUGGUGCACAUGAUAUCCGAUACCUACACUGAGGUUUCUUCAAAGUACCUGAUGGAUCAAGUGGGCAGCCUGAGUAGGCUGAUUUCCAUGGACCCUUCCGAUCCCAAAUUCCAAGUGGAGCGUCUCAAACUAGCAGACGGCUGUGACAGUGCCCGACAAGCCAUAGGGGACCUGGUCGUUAAGCAAAAGAAAGAAUUCGAAAAUAAUAUCCAUGCCAGAGUGGCAAAAAUCAACUCUGAGCUGAAGGCUGUCUUGCCGGAAGUGCCCGAAGCAGAGAGAAAAGCUAUUGAACAUAAUGUGCAAAAAGGAAUGAGGGAAAUCACCCAGGAUGAAGCUGAUCAAUUUAUGUAGGAUUGUCUUUUAACCCGUGAGGGAAAUGGAGGCUGCCUAGGCUCUUCUCUAUUGUUGUAUUUCCCUCAGAGUAAUAGAACAUAAAUUGGGCCAUUCGGUCAUCUUGUGUUUGGUAAAACUAGAAAACCAAGAAACAGCUAGAGAUGUUGUCUUCAGGAACCGUUCAAAAACCAUGUUCGCUGAUCAUUUCUGAGGUGGAGGCUCAUGUUAGCUUCUACUAAAUGCUUCUAUUUUCAUUUCUUCUUUAUGCAUCAGUUACCUCUUCUCUCAUCUUCUAUCAAUUUGUAUGGACCGAUACCUCUCCCUCUGCCUGCUGAUCUGCUAAAUCUGCUAACUGUUUUGUCUACCCUACCAUUCCUCUCUUUUUGGGCCAUUUCUAGUGGAGGAAAAGCUGAAGUGUGUCUCAUAUGUUUCUCUUUUUACCAUAAUUUGUAAUUAUGGUGUGUCUAUGAUACAGAAAAGGGUUACAGUAUGUAGCGUGAAAUCAAUAUUAAAAAGGUGUCCAAUUUCAUUCAUUGCUAUUAAUUCUGUUGUCAUUGCAGGUUUCCCUCAUUUUGAUCAAGUAUGAAUCAAUCAAUCUCUCUCCCUCCCCCCCCUCUCACACACAUACAUCCAUGUGCACACAUUGGGGGAUGAAUAAAAUGUCUCUAUUUUUCUUCUGGGAUUGGCAAUUUUAGGCCUGUAUUUCUUUGGAGAUGUUUAUCAAUUAACAGAGGGAGCUUGGAGGUCUUCUAGUCCAACCCCCUGCUGGGUCCAACUGCCUGAUCUGUCGUCUCUUACAGAGAUGAUUGCUUGGAUUACUUUGCCCACUGAAAUAUAAGUGAUAAAUAUCUUCCUGGUUUCUUGAGUCCUUGUAACAUCUUUUCAUGUUACUAAUGUCAGUACAGCCCGUGAAUGGUUAGAUUCUAACAGCCGCUCCUAAUCUACUUUCUGCAAAUAAACAUUUAAGAUAGCAAAACUUAAGAACCAGGGUUUUUUAAAAAAAAUUUACUUUUUUUGAGAAGGGAUCCCUUUUCAUCAAAACCAAAUGGUAAAAAUGUACCUUACAGAAAAGAGUGCCAGCUUAGAGAGAUAUUCUUCAAAUACUUUUAAAUGGUAUGUUUC